AGUAGUAUUUUUAAACAUAGUCAAACAUACAUCAUAUACAACAAGAAAAUACAAAAAAAAACAAUUACUAAAACUUAAUAAACGAAAAAAAUAUAUAGUGGACACAGAAGGAGGACGAACAGAACUACACUUAAUCCCUGAAAUCCUUGGUUUUGCAGUUAGAAUCUUUGCGGAAGGCAGCUUUGUCCGUUGCACCUGCUGUACUCCUUGAAACAUUCCACCAUGUACCAGAACCAGUUCAUCUACUCCCGCGAGAGGCGUCGCUUUGGACGGCAGUGCCGGUUCCAGGAUCGCAAUGAGCUGAUGGUCAGCGUGCAUCCCAGUGGCCGCCAGCGGCUGAAGUACAUCAUGCGCAAUCCCUCGGUGCGGUCCACCCAACUGAGUUGCCAGAUGGCCCUGACCAUCAUGGAGACGGAGAACGUGACCCUCGAUCAGCACGGGAUGUACCACUACGAGGGCGGCUGGCCCAAGGAGGUGAAUCCCUUUGACGAGGAGCAAACGCAGCGUCAUCGCAAGAAGGUGGAGCGCGAGGAUAGCUGGGGUGAGCAGGUCCUGGAGAUGAUCCGGAGCACAAUGGCCGUGGCGGAGCAGAACAACACCCUGAAUAUCUAUCAGAACUUCUUUGCGGAUCUGCCGCUUGAUUUGGGUCACGACCUCCGGAUGAGAUUCCGAGCCAGGGUGGCCAAUGUCUUCCAUGACCUCUGGCUGCCGUCCCGCCGCUUAACCUCCAUCGAGUGGAUGCCCAAUAAUAACCGCCAGUUUAUGACCCAGUUCACCAACCAAUUUCAAAGUGGCGACCGGUUGCGAUUGGUCACGGAUGAACCAUUUGGCGACACCAAUGCCUUCUUCGUGUGGGACGUGAAGAAUCCGCUCAAGCCGAAGAUUUUCCACGACAGCAAGGUGCCAGUGUCGCUGGCCAAGAUCUGUCCCAAGGACGAGAACAACAUGGUGGGCGGCACGGGGCUGGGGCAGGUCUGUGUGUGGAACACCUUCAAGGGCGGCCUGCCGGUGCGCAAUUGCCCACUGGAGGUGUCCCACAGGGAGACCACCUCGGCCCUCUGCUGGGUCCACUCCAAGUCCAACACGGAGUUCUAUUCGGGCUCGCUGGACGGUUCCAUCAAGUACUGGGACACCAGAGAUCUCAAGAUGCCCAUGCAGGAGCUACUCCUCGAACCGGAACCGCAGGAGCGUCAGUCCAGGAUGGAUUCGCAUGGGGUAACGGUGCUGGAAUUCGAGUACACCAUCCCGGUGCGUUUCAUCAUCUGCAGUGAUAUGGGUCACGUCUUUGUGGGUAACCGGAAGGGAAUGACUCCCACGGAAACGCUUCUGGCCCAUUAUCAACUCUUCGCCGGACCAGUGCGCAGUAUCAACCGUAAUCCCUUCUUCGUCAAGAACUUCCUGGUUACGGGAGAUUGGCGGGCAAGGAUCUGGUCAGAGGAGGUCAAGGACGCACCCUCUACGAUGUAUUUCCGGAAGAAGACACAGAUUGUCUGCGGAGCCUGGAGCACGGGUCGCUGCUCCCUGUUCGUCACUGGAGAUCUGAACGGAGUGGUGGACUUCUGGGAUCUGCUGCUCCACCAUCGACUGCCCAUUCUCUCGAUUGACUUCAAGGUUCCGAUUGCGGAUGUGGUCUUCCGGCCGGAUGGCGAUCUCUUGGCCAUUGGCCUGAAGAAUGGCGAUAGUCACAUCUUGACCCUGGAUGAGUCCAUGCGACAGGCUACUGGCAAGGAGAAGGCACUCAUGGCAGCAAUGUUUGAGCGUGAGAUCGUGCGGAGUAAACUUCUGGAGGCUCGCUAUGAUGAAGUAAGGCUCAAACGGAAAACCCUUUUAUUGGCGGAGGAGGAUCGUUUGCGGCAGGAGAAGGCGAUAGCCCCCGUUCUUGAGCUGGAUCCCGACAAUCCCGACCAGUUCGUGAUGAUGAUCGAGGGCGACGAAGAAUUCCGCACGGCCAUUAGUGAAUUCCAUGAUUUGAUACUUAGUGUGGAAAGAAAGCGCUCCAAGAGGCAGGUGAUCAUGGAGCGCACGGUCUUUGAGGAAUGGAAUCCAGUCGAUGAAAAACUCCAGGGGGACCCCGUUAUAUAUACACACCCCGAACAGAAAGUGCAGCUUUCACAGAACUAUGAGAAAAGGUUUUCUGCAGAGCCAAGGAGUUCGCAAGGAGCUGUUAAACCCCAGUAAACAGU